AUGGAUACCACCUCUUGUUUUGUUAACCUACUCAAUAAACAAUCGUUUGAUGACCUUGAUUCACCCGAACCUGCUUGGUUUAGUACGACCCCUAGUUCUGAUCAGUUUGCUGUCAAGGAGAGGAGGAAGUGGUCUCCGAUAGAGGAUAAAAUCCUGAUUGGAGCAUGGCUUAACACCAGUAAAGACCCUGUGGUGAGCAACGAGCAAAAAGUAGGUGCUUUCUGGAAGAGGAUCCAAUACGGCUUGAGGAAGCAGCGUAGUGGUCAAAAUGAUGAUGAUGUGAUGAAAGCUGCCCUUGAUAUCUUCUACAAUGAUUACUCCAUCAAGUUCAAGUUGGAACAUGCGUGGAGGGAGUUGCGGCAUGACAAGAAAUGGUGCUCCACCUUUCUCGCUAAGGACACUGUGAAGGAAAAGAGGAAACAAACGGUGGAGGUUGAUGGAGAAGACGAGGUGGGAGCAGCAGAGCCUAGACCUAUGGGUGUCAAGGCCAGUAAAGCUGCUAGUAAGAGGAAGAAGAGUGGUAGAGAAGAGGAGUUGGAAAAGUUACAGGGAAUAUUGGAAAAGAAAGACAAAAUAUCUAAACAGAAAGUUCUUGAGCGUUUACUUGCCAAAAAUGAUCCACUCUCUGAGAUGGAAACUUCUUUAAAACUGAAACUGGUUCAGUACAAGGUCUCUGUCUUUUCAACCACGGAUGCAUUUGGUGUAGUGAAAGUGUUUUGCAGUUGA